CUCCCAAUCCGGUACAGAUAAGUCUUAGGACGACCGACAUUUUAGGUUUGGGCGUUGGUUUCCAUAUUUUGCCGUCACCUUUGCAAGUUGUUCCUCUUUUUUACGCAGUUUUAAAUUUUGCUUAAAAUUUAACAUAAACAAUGAACAAUAAAAUAUUAAUCCUUUGUGGAUUUUGCACAGUGUGGUGCGUUGGAUUUCUGCCUUCGACAAGAGCUCAAUAUGGCGCAAGAAAUACCGUUCCAGAAACUGUGCAAUCGUGUUAUAGAAAUAGCACGGCGUACAACAGGUACACCAGGCAGCCAAUGCAUAUUAAUAACUUAAUUGCAAUUAUUCGCAAAAUUGAACGCAAGGAACCCCAACUGGAUAUGAGAAGAAUUGCCAGAAUUUUAGUUAAUCGGUACAUGUUUGACGGACUCGAAUUUACUUCGAACGCAAGGCCGGAGCUUCAGUACAAUCCAAACUCUCAGGAAUCCAUCAAAACUGCAAUGAUUAAAGGUUGGAUCCCAUUACAAGGAGAAGAAGUAAUUCCGCAAGGCGUUUUGGAUAACGAUGAGCUGUGUUCCUUACAUUGGAUGUUGUCGCAUUCCAUGAACGCAACUGUACGUGAUGAGGAACUUGGCAUCUAUCCCUACAAUUUCAACAGCCCCACCAACAAUAACGGAUACAAUACCAACAACAACAAUAAUAAUCAGGGGUACAACAACAAUGCAAACAAUCAGUACAGCGGUCAGCGAGGGCGCAGAUCUGCUGACAAUGAUAAUGAAACCAGCAGCGAACAUGAGGACAAAGAAAACGAAGAAGACAAAGUCAGCCAAGAAGAAGAUUCUGAACAGUCCAACCCCUCAGUAAAAGUGCAGCAAGAACCUAGUGUUAGCAAUGAGCAGGACACUGAUUUGCCACAGCAGGGUCAGGACGUUCAAGGAAAGUCUGCAGCAAAUACUGAGGAUGACAGCGACGAUGAUGCGGACGUUAAAAAGCUUUCAAGACAAGUGUCAGUGAUUGAUCCAACUAAAAGUAGAAGACCAAUUGAAACCGGCGUGGUUUAUACAAAUUGGGGAUCAAUUUCAGCUGGAAGACUUAUCUCAGGAAUCGCUGCUGCACUGGAACCGAUGAACAUUCCAGUAGGAAGUGGUUCACCGUAUCCAAGCCCAGGGUUCGGAACCAACUCUGGAGGUGGUGGUUUUGGAAGUGGUGGGUCACCUUUCGGCUCUGGUACCAACAACAAUAACAACCCAUUCAAUACCGGAAGUGGAUCCAAUCCGUACCCACCAAACAAUCCGCAACAGCAGCAAUUUGGACGAAAACGUCGUCAAGCUUAUAAUCCAAUCACGUUUCAACCUCUGCAAAGCAUUCAUGCAGCCACCUUGGCAGGAGAUAUUGGACAAUCUGCAAUGCGAAAUGGAAAAUGGCCAAUCACUCAAGUCCCUUUGCCAAGAGGAAUCUGGAACGACACGAUUUGUCCAAGAGAGUACAUAUUGGAGCAGUACCCUUACAACGACAAAGAGAUUUACAUGGAGGACGCAGCGUUGACUUACGUGACAGAAGCUGAAGUUCGUGGGGGAAUGGAUGGUCUAAUCCUUGGUUCAAAUAUUCAACGAUGGAACAAUGCUGGUUUCCGGUUGAGUGAGGUGUUGGAUAUGUACUACAGCGAAAUAGGAAUUUCUGGAGAGCCACAGUUUAGAUCUUGCAAUAGAGGGUCUCUUUUCAGUGGAUCUGUAGAUCCUGGAGCGAUUCAGGAACAAUCAAAGUCUUUUGCCUACUUGUACAAUAAUUAUACGCAAAGUAUUCCUGCGCAGACGAUCAACGAUAAUCCAAACGUGUUUUUAAGUCCAGUAAGCGACGUUUACAACAAAGUUUCUGGAGUGGUUGCGUCAAUCGGUGGUGGUGAUCCUCAGUGCAAAAGACCACAAAGUACGUCUUCCAGCACUCUUGACACGGAUGACAACUUAAAGUAUACAGAAACAAAAAAUAGGAUUUAUGCUGUUUUGGAUCACACUGCCACGUUUGAUGAAAUCCUGGCACAGAAAAGAUUCAUUGGCCAACUAGCUCAUGAAAUUAAUGUGAGCCCAAGAGGGUCACGACUUGGGGUCGUCGACGGAAGUAGUGGUCAAAUUCUCAUCAGUCCCAAUCUUACAGACGUCGGAGCCAUUCUUGCUUGUAAUGUUUUGGCCUUGCCAACCCAAAUUAAAACCAUGGACUUGAUCAGAGUGUUUACCAAUUUGAAAACUGAAUUUCAAAAGUUACGAGACGAAGAAAUUCGCAUGAACUAUGAGUCAGAUCUUGGAAUAGUUGUGUUAGUUAUGGUGCAGGGGAAAAAGCUUGAGGAAGGACAAAAAUCAGGAAUACGUCAGCUUCUUAAUGAAAUUAAUGGCAACUUUGGAGAUGUAAAAAUACUGUUUACAUCAAGUAAAUAUCAGCAAGGGGAUUUUGAUGGAUUUGCUUUAGACCCAGCUCGAGAUUUUAUCAGGAUACAGAGCACUCAAAAUAUUUCAGACUUUGCUGAUGAGUUUGCUACCGAAAUGAAAACCAAGGUUUCUCAUGGGCGUCUUUCCUACUUGAAAUGUAACACCAAUAUGCAUAACCAAGAUGAAGAGCAUAAAGUGGCACAAACAUUUUUCGUCUCACCGGACACAAUUCAAUACUACAAAGUUUCGCCGGAUUACUUUUACAGUGCCAAAAAUCUUAGGAUAAGAUUUACAACAGACAAUGGGAAGGUGAGAAUUUGCCAAAACAGGGAUGAACAGUUUCCAAACUCGAGAAAUGUUGGAGGAUGCAAAGAAACUUCCGGAACGUAUGUGACACCAGGAAACUCUCAAGUAGAUGUCGAAUUUGAUUUUUCAAAACCAUGUGGAAAACACGGAAACCGAAAUGGCUGUAAACCAAUUUACUUCUCGUUCACGCCCACACAAUACCCUGUUGGUGGUCAGACUGGCCUGGACUGUUCAAUUGAGGGAUGUCAGUUCCCAAAUCAAGUGAAAGUCACCUUUACACAUUGGGAUAUGAGAUGCAAUGGAGCCUACAGAAAUCUGAUUUCACUGCCGAUGGCUUUGGCAACUUUGAUAAUUUCCUUUUUCUUUUCAAAUAAGACCACGUAAUUUUUUUGUAUAACUGUGUUUCAGUUUUAGCCUAUAAUUUUAGCGCAUAUAUUAUUAAACUUUAUAUUUAUAUUUAUAUUGCAUUUGUGUACACACAUGAGAAAGUAUUAGUUUUUAGCAAAUAAUACAAAAUAUGCAAAAAAAGUAUUAAUAUUCUUUAUA